CACGACGUUACCGUCGUCCUGCUGCUUUGGUGACACUAAGACAUCAUGGAGAAGAGUCCAGUGAAGAGCUGCAUGCCUGCAGUUCAGCAGUUCAAUGAAUGUAAUUUCAAGCUGUCCAAUGGAAAAAUAGGUGCAGAUUACCUGGCAUGGGUGUCAGACUUUGUGUCCACAUAUAGACACAAGAGUUUCACCUUAGAGAAUCCAGCUGGUGCCACGUUGAGGAUAGGUGGGCUUGACGACACCAUUUACAGAGACGCACAUGCCAGGGUGAAUGGGUGGGGCAAAUUCUACCUUCCAGGUCCGGUACACAUGCAGGUCAUAGGUGUGGUGGAGGUCACGUCCUGCCCAUGUGAUCAGCUCGUUCUGAUGACAUGUGAGGACAAAAAGGUGUACGCCUACAACGGAGAGGAGCUGCAUUUGGUGGCUUCAAGCGUGAAACAGCUAGACAAAGAAAUUGAAUAUCCAGCAUCCAAAAUCUACUACAAGGGGGAGGCCUUCAAAGACAUGACCGAGGAGGACUGGGACAAAGUCAGGGCGGGUCCCGUGGGGAGGAAGCUGGACCAAGAGCACCAUAAACGUGUGACAUUAAAAAAGUCCAAAUUCCUGGAGAAUCUCAAAACGGCCAGACAGAACAGAGGAGUCGUCAGAUGAUGUCUGUUGUAUUUUGUUUAUUUGAAUUGAGCUGCAGCUCAGAUUGCAGUCCCUCCGGACUUCCGGUGUACACCGAAAGAUACUUUCAUGUGAAGCAAAUAUUCCUGAGCAGUUUGAAUUUUACUAUAAUGCGAAUUCACAAGUUCAUUCAUAUCAAACUCAUCCACCCAAAGGUUUUACAAGCAGAGGUCAAUUUUCGUUAAGAUUUAGGGGAGCCAAGUUGUGGAAUAGCUUUUCCCCCACAAAAAACUGUUUAUCUUAACUGCUGUUUUGUAAUUAUUCUUUCUUAUGUAUUUUGUCUGUUCCUUUUUAUCUAUGCACUGAUUUUUAUUUUUUAUUAUAUAUAUGUUGAAAUACAUUUGAUUUGUUCUAUGUAGUCAUAUUAUCUUCUGUAUAUUUUUAGGUGGAGUCUUUAAAUAAACCCAUAUUGGGGUUUCUGCCUCUCCCUGCACUGUAUAUUAUCUGUCAUUAUCAGUUUUUUUUGGUGUAAUUUUUGUGCAAAAAUAAAGAACUAAACUAAAGAGAGGAGGAGACCUCUGCCAAUACUUUGGCUCCUGGCAAAAACAGGUUAAAAAAAACCUGUUUUAAAUAAAGGGUCAAUUAAUGGUUUUAUGAAAAUUAUGUGAAUCAUAUACUGUAGCCUUCACACUCACCAUAUGAAUGAGGGAACACCUUUCUUUCACUUCCCACACAUGGUCCAUCUAUUUGAGAUUUUUAAAAUAUUAACUGGAUGAUUUUUCCAGGUUUUAUGUUAAGUUGUUAACUAAUCAUAAGUUUAAACAGAGUAUAACAGCAAAAAGACUGGGAUAAUAUCACAAAAUCACAUUAUUCCAUUGUGGUAGGGAAACCUUUUAUAAAUUAAUAUGAGUAGUUUUUCCACCCCUGUUUUUACAAAGAAAUAUAUGAACUAUGUCACAACAUAGACAGUGUACAUAUUUUAGUCAUGCAUAGUCAGUUUCCAAAAACAGGAAUUAUGGAAAUAUGUAGUUUGAGAGAGCUGAAAAGUGUGACACCACCCCAUAAAGUUGGGCUAAAUGGACCUUUGCCUAUGCUGUUUAAAGCAAGCACUUUCAUAAAAUAAACUUUCCAUGAUAAAAUAAAUUAUAUUCCCAAAUCACUGAUGAGAAACAACCAUGAACUAAAAUCUAAAAUCAUUGGACACCCUGUUAGAGCGCUGUGACCAACAAACAAUCCACACUGCUUACAGGAUCCUACACGACCCCUCAUACACUCUACACUCAGUGUUUGAGUGGCUCCCAUCAGGCCGCAGGCUGCGCUGUCCACGCUGCAGAACACAAACGAGGAGGGCCACCUUUGUACACUGACCCCUCCCUGUCCCAACAUCAUUGCCCCUCGACUGACUGAACUGACUAUGGCACUUUGUAUGAUGUUAUGUUGUUUGAUGUUCUGUUUGUCCUUUUUUAAUGAUGCUGCUCCUCAUGCCUUUUAAAUUGCCCCUCGGGACAAAUAAAGUGUUUUAAAUUGAAAAAUUAAAUGCCAUUACAUGUUUGUACAGAUUCUUACAUAACUGUUGUCAGGGAAGAUACAUGACAAGAUAUGACUGUAACACUAAAUAAAAGUGUAUUUCUAAAAUCCUUUAUUGUAGAUCAA